UGCCUGAGCGCCGGGGAGAUCAGAGCGGGGCAGGGCUGCGCUGUCACUGGGAAUGGCUUCGGAUGAAUUAGCCGCGAAGCUGCAGCGGCGGCUGGAUAUCGGGGACCAGCCGCCCGGCUCUGAGCCCGAGUGCGGCUCCGGCUGUGAACAAGGCGCCGCCGAGGAGAAGCCGACGACCGCAGCGGCGGACAAUGAGCUCUCGGCCAAGCUGCUCCGCCGCGGGGAGCUGAACGAUGGCUCCGCCGAGCCGCAGCAACCGAGCCUCCGCAUCUUUAACCCGUACACCGAGUUCAAGGAGUUCUCCCGCAAGCAGAUCCGAGACAUGGAGAGCAUGUUCCGGCGGUACGAUGCCGGCAAGGAUGGGUUCAUCGACUUGAUGGAACUGAAGCUAAUGAUGGAGAAACUGGAGGCUCCACAAACUCACCUCAGUCUGAAGAAUAUGAUCAAGGAGGUGGAUGAGGACUUUGAUGGAAAACUCAGCUUCCGGGAGUUCCUGCUGAUUUUCCGGAAGGCAGCUGCGGGAGAGUUAGCCGAAGACAGUGGGUUGCACGUUCUGGCCCAGUUGUCUGAGAUCGAUGUCGCCAUAGAGGGUGUGAAAGGAGCAAAAACCUUCUUUGAAGCUAAACUUCAGGCGAUCAACAGCGCAAAUCGAUUUGAGCAGGAGAUCAAGGAGGAGCAGGAGGAGAAGAAGAAACAGGCCGAGCAGAAAAGGCAGAAGCAAGCGGCCUUCAAGGAGCUACAGUCGGCAUUCAAGUGAAGGCCGCACUCCCACCAGCAAUGGCAGGCAAUGCAGAGCUGGUGGGAAAGGAGGAGGUGUGGGCAUCAGAGGAUCUGGCCUCAAAUCCUGUCAAACCUCCACAAAGACAGAGACUGACUACUUUUAUUUUUAAUGAAUAGGAUGUUGGGAGGGGGGAGGGAUGUGGGGGGAGCUGCUGGAGUACACCCUUAAAUAAUCUUCCACAGUGACCAACUGAGGAGGAUCGAGCGAUCACUCGAUCACUUCCUGCUGUGUCCUUAGGAUCAUACUCCACCAGUGAAGCCUACUGUUUAAGACCAGGUUUGGGCUCUGUGUGGGACGGGGCAUGCUGCUGUAAGGGAUGAACCCAAACUGUGCUUUUGUAAUUGCAGGGAUUUAUCAGCUUGUUGCUUUCCUCCUGCUCCUGAUCUUUGACAUCAUUUUUGCCAAUGUGGGCCUGGGAUAUAGGGGGUGAAAUCCAUGUGGUUGGAGCUCCCAGUUCACAUUUUAUAUGGAACAUCUUGCUUGGCACAUUCACCGGUUUCUGUUUUACCUGUGUUUGGAGUGGGGGAGAAUAGGGCGGGCGUACCAAUUUAUCUCCACAGUCAGGCCUAGGGAAGAGGCUGAACCAGGAAGCCAUGUUGAUUUUAUCCCCCAAUAAAGGCUGAUGUGCCUCCACCAGAGACGGAGGGGACAUUUCCAGCCACAUCUGCCCAAUGGGAAUAAUCAGAGGAAGUGGUCAAGCAAAAUAGUCCUGGGAUCCACUCAGUUGUUUGUGAUACUCUUACAAUCAGGGCCUUGAAUCAGGCUUGAGAUUAUUUUUAAACAGCGCAAUUCUUUGCGAAAUCUAUGUUUUUAAAAUUGCUGGUGUGGGGGAAGGGUGUGGGAAGAUCAAAAGUAAACAAUUGAGCUGCUUGGGGAUUAUGUUUUACGCUAGUUUACUGAUUAACUCUGGGAAUGGCUCCAAGGUGCAGUCAAGGUGAGGGUGCAUUUCCUUGUUGCACCGCUGUUCCUCCCUGACACUUUCUCAGUGGUUGGGUCUGGAUGCCCUGGCAUUGAGCACUGUUCUUGAAGGGAUUGUGCCCCUUCAUGUGACCCUGGUCUAGCGUGGAGCUUGUCUUCAGGGUUCAAACAUGUCUGAAUGGCAUCCACGAUGUGGUCUCAUUCCCUGUCAUGCCCGACUCCUUGACCCCCCCCACCCUACUCUCACUACCUCACUCAUUCAUUCCGAGCAGACUCUCAGGUUGAGGUGGGUAGUUUUAGUCAUCAACACUGUUCAAACCAAACUUUAUUUUUACCUCAAGAUCAAAUCAUCAGAAAUCAGCAGCCUGCAGCCGAACGGUUUAACUGAUCUGUAUUCGGUGCCACAGCUGUACCAUUCUGGUCGUGGGGUUGGCGGUGGGCACAGGGAGGGUCCUUCUGAUCCUGACAGCAACAGCUGAUUGUCCAUGCUGUCUGGGCAGAGAUUCCCACCCCCCCUCUCAAAAUCUCUGGCAAUCCUAGGCAGGACCUGGGCUUCCUCCAGAUUCCUGACGAGUGGGUGAGGUGGUGGAAGCAGGGAGACGUUGGGCUCAACAGUCAGCAUGGUGGCUCAGUAGUUAGCACCGCUGCCUCUCAGCGCUGGGCACCUGGGUUCAAUUCCAGCCUUGGGUGACUGUCUGUGUGGAGUUUGCACAUUCCUGCAUGGUGUACUCCGGAUGCUCCGGUUUCCUCCCAGGUUACGUGAACUGGCCAUGCUAAAUCGCCCGUAGUGUUCAGGGAUGUGCAGGCUAGAUGGAUUAGCCAUGGGAAAUGUAGGGAGAGGGUGGGAGGGAGUGGGUUUGAGUGGGAUGCUCUUGGGUGGGUCAUUGUGGACCCGAUGUGCCAAAUGGCCUCUUCUGCACUGUAGGGGUUCUAUGAUUCAAUGUUGGAUGUUGUAUGCAGGACCCCCUUGCCCUCCCCCUCCCCACUCGAGUUCAGUCCCUGGGGGUAUAGGGGUUGGGGGUGGGUUGGGUACAGGUUAUUUGAGGCCCUGAGAGUGCUGCUGAUGAACACUGAUCUCUGACAGGUCACCCUCCACGUCAGGGACAGCAGGAAUGGAGUUCUGUUUUAGCGAUAACAUCCUUAGUGAUUAGCAUUUUCAAAUGGACUUCUUGACCAGUUCCCUUUCCAGGCCCUUGCUCUUGACAAUGAAGGCAAUCAGUGCCUUUAAUGUAGCUGUCUGUAUAUAGCACGUAAGUGUCGUGUAGUGAGGAACACAAAAGUCUGGGAGGCCAGUUUAGUGUUUCUGCAGGGGUCAUGGUUUGGGGUAAAUGUGCCAAACUUGUUGCUUUGGGUUAUUUCUCUCUCUCUCUCUCUCUCUCGAGGAUUAUCACUGUGAUGAGUUUUCCGAAGAGCUGUGCAAUAUGUGACCACAGUCAGUCAAAGCGAUCUCUAAUCUGUGCUGCGUCUUCCUUCAGGCUCUCGGGAGCAGAGUAGUGACUGCUUAACAUUAGUCCCUGCUUUUCUGACCACCCCACUCUUGUCUGACAUUAAAAAAAACAGGAACCUGGUUUUCUUCGCUGAACUUGCCACUGCACUGACUCGAUGGUUGUCUUUAACCUUGUGGGUGUCUGGCCAGUCCAUGUUCAAGGCCCCCGCUCCUGCCCUGGUCUCCUUGAACAGAACGCAGGAAUGCCUAUUGCCUUUUAUGCAUGUUGCAGUGACAGAGCAGUGCUCAGCAAUGAUAAACCUUAAGGGCUUCCUGUGACCUUUUAAGUUUGAACCAGGAGCUGUACUAUCCUGGAUCAGAUAGGGGGCAAUCUGAGUUGGGGAGGGGAGGGGGCUGCUGAUAAAAAUUGAGAGAGGCCAUUUGGCCCAUCAGAUCCACGGUGGCUGAUUGAAAGAGCGUUUCAUCUGGUCCUGUGAGUUGGGCCAGUUCCCACAUUGGUUCGCCACAGAAAUCCCAGGUGUGUAUUUAAAAGCAAAACUAUCAAAGUGCCUUUUGCAAAGAAGCGUGUGUUAGUGACACUGUGACACGAGGCCCUGUUCCUGGAACAGGGUUUUGUUUCAUUGCGACAAAGCCGUCUUGUUCUGCUCCUUAAAACAUUUAAGUAAAACCUGGGCCAUUUACCAAAAAAUAUUUUUUAAAAAAUCAAAGUCAAUGAUUCAGUUACUUCUGAGUAGCAGGGAAUAUUUCAUGUUCCUGGUUCCCAAACAGCCUCUGCCUGUUCCUUUGGGAAUCUGGGAUUGCGAGUAUUCACUCGGCUAAGGUGGAAUAACUCUCUUUGCAAAGCCCUGUUUGUUGGAAGUACAUUGUUUGAGAAGCACCUGUUUUAUUUGUAUAGUAAAGGGAGGGAGGUGUUGGAUGGUAGGUAAAUAUACAGCUCACGGUGAGACUGCCAUACACCAGGGAAAUGAAUGAGAUUGUAAGAUAUUGGAAGUCUGAAACAAAAUAGGAAAUCUGGGAAACACGCAGGGUCAGGGAGUUUCACCCAUGAGAGAUACUCAUAUCUGACCCUCUGUCAGAAGAGGAUUAUACCUGAAUUUGUUUCUUCUCCUUUCCCUGGUGUUUUCAGUAUUUUCAGUUUUUACACCGAAAGUGUAAAGUGAGUGUAUUCCAGCUGCAAAACUCUAUGGAAAUGGGCUGGGUUCAGCCUAUAGUUGGGGCUGGUCGAUACCACCUACUCUAUCGAAACGCUCCUGCAUGCUUUACAUUGUCUUAUCCACUGCCAUAUUAAUCUAUCGUGUUGAAUGCUGUUUUGUGUGGGAUGUCCAUUUUCUUUUUGUAUGUGUUAUGAAGGCAGUCACAGAGUGGGGGGACUAAACUCCACAGUCCCUUGGGGUGAGUCUGUCACCUUCUGUUCGUGAACUGGGGAUUGUGUCUUGGCUCAGCUAGCCUGAGCCCAGGUCUGGUACACUCUGUUCUGGGGAACGCUUACAAUUCUUGUACAGCUGUUAUUUCUUUCCCUCAGUUACUUGUGCACAGUACACUGACUGUAACCAGCCAGCUUGGAGUCAGUCCCUUGAACUGAGGAGAUUCUAAAUCCCCUGUGUAUAUUUUUGUCCCCCCACUACUUCUGCACAACAGUAGUGCUUAUUUUUCCCCAGCAGCUCUCAUGUGCCUGUCAGUACAGGGUCUCAGUGAAGACCCUGUUGUGCAAAUAAUUGUCCCACCACCAUGCGACUCGGGAACCAGUAACAAGCAAAGCCCAAUAAGAAGAAUGCUGACAGCUCGAUUAUACACUUGGCUGCCCACUCCAUGCGCUUCUGUGACCAAGUACACAUUGUCAUCUGUAGGGACUUGGCUAUGUUAGGCUGACUCUGAUGUACACUCUCUACCCCAACAUCACCCAUGCACCCCAUCCAUACCUGCAAUUGUGCUCCGUUCCCUCACACUGAGCUAGGUCUGUCUCCCCUCUUCAAUGUUUCAGUUUGGAACCAUUGUGGGUUCCAUCCACUGCCUGCCUUGAGUUGGAGGGUGGUGGGCUUUACCUACAUCAUGAGGUGUUUCCUCCCACUCCUUGCCUUUAGUUGUGUCUGUCCUUGCAUGAUUGACUUUCACUGUAUCUAGAGGACGGGGAGUGUAUUUAGGCUGUGUAUGUGUCUGACUGUUUGUUUAUGUGGAGCAUGUCUCUGUUUUAUCUCUCGUUGUGUGUGCGUGUGUGUGUUACCAUUUGGAGAAUCCAAGUUUUCCCUAUGGAAUUUUGCUUGCGUUCUGUCUUGGAAUAGGACCUGAAUAAAGCUCCCAGAGCAACUGGUGGGGGUGGGACAAUAAAGCAGGACUUGAAGUCUGGAAGCGGAAGGCUCUGUCCCCCGACACUGGGGAAGGAAGUAAGAGAGUUCAGGAGCCAGAGGGAAGACUGCAGCUCACUGACUUACUCCAGCACCAAGGAAUGAAUCUGGAUACAAUGUCCAUUUUGAAUGUUGCAGCCAUCUUUUGUACAUUUCACUCGCGUGAAAACUGAAAAAAUGCUGUAUUUUCUAUAAUGUACUGUCAAUGUCUGAAAUAUCUUCACUCGAGGACGAAACAGAAGUUGUGUGAAAGAAACUAUUUUUGAUUUUCUUACCAAAAAGAAUUCUAAUUAUACAUAUGUUCUAAUAAAUAAAAUGCAUCUCAA